CGGGUACUUCUAGUUCGUUGGGUACUCGUCAGUCUACAAGUCAAAUGGCGGGGUCGCAGUUCAGCCCGUUGACUCCUCCCGAAAGGGAGCUCAGGGAGCUCCAACAGGUCGAAAGGAUCCGUGAACGAUUAGAGAGGGAACUGAAACAAACUACCGACAGAGAAAGGGAGAUAAAAAAUAGAGCAGCCAGGCUUGAUACUUUAGAGGUUGACAAGGCUGAGUUAGAGGGCUUGGAUGAGUCAGAAUUGUCUGACCAGAUGAAAACACCGAAGAAGAAUAUGCUAUCGUUACAUGCGCACGUGGACAGCAGAUUAGACUUCAUGCAGAGCACUCUAGACCAGAUCCUGGAUGUAUUGACAAGGCCAGGAUUCAGGCCACUAGCACAAUCGUCGUUGCCGUUAUCGGCGAUGUCAGGCCCCUUUCCAGUUCAAGCUGGUACACAGCCAAGUGGCGAGAGAAAGGACGAAGAGCUCAACACUUGGUUGAGGACAGUCCCGGUUUGGGUGAAGGCCAAGAGGACCUUGCUGGAGGACGAAGUGGUUACUGUUGCAUCUUACCUCGAGGGUAAGGCAGCCAAGUGGCUAGAUGGUGUAGUUGUAAAGGCCGGGUACGGGCGACGCAUAGCGGACUGGGCUAAGUCUUUAACGUUAGACCAGUUCAUGGAGAUGGUAGAAGCUCGAUGGCAUAAUCCACAGGAGGCACAAAGAGCCACUGAUGCGAUUAACAAGUUAGACCAACGAAAAUUCAAGACGGUUAGAGACCUUACGACUACCGUGGAGAGCCUGAUCCUCGUUCCAGGCAUCAACUACAGUGACCAGUUCCUGUUAACUACGUUUGUUAGAUGUCUUCCAGAGAACAUCAGUAACUUGCUGGCUAGUGAGGCACGCAUCGAGUACCAUUCGUUUGACACAUUGUCUAGGAAAGCCUUUGAUUUGGAGGCCACUCUAGGCAAUGCUCAACCCUCUCAGAAUGACACGAAGAAGAAGAAGAGUCCUCAGGAGUGGAAGAAGAAGAGACAGAGUGUUUCCAUGGAUUUCAUGGACACCCUGGUGACUAGUAAGAGUGGCAAGAGGCACAUCUUCGUCAUCAUCGAUCGAUUCACCAAGUACGCUAGACUAGUGGCUAUGCCAGAGACCGCAARAACUGACWAUGUCAUCAAGUUGUUCAAGGACAACUGGGUGCGUGACUUUGGUUUACCAAAGUCAAUCGUUAGUGACCGAGAUGUCCGAUUCACAAGUGAGCUGUGGAAGAAGACUGCAGAACAGAUGGGCAGUCAACUUCAGAUGACUUCAGGGAAUCAUCCCGAAGCCAACGGACAAGCCGAGCAAAUGAACAGAGUUGUACAGCACUUGCUGAGGCAUUACAUCAAACCCAGCCAGGAUGAUUGGGAUGAGCAGUUCCCUCUCAUCGCCAGCCUGUACAACAAUGCUGUCCACAGUAGUACCGGCGUUAGUCCUAAUCAGCUACACUUGGGAUGGAAGCCUAGAUCAGCAUUAGACUUCCUCCUACCUGAAAACCGACCCGCUGCAACUCCAGGCACACUUGAGUAUGGUGUGCAGUAUGAGAAGUUGCUGCAAGAAGCUGUCGAGCACAUGAAGAAAGCUCAACAAGCAAUGAUUGCUUCUGAGAAUCAACACCGUAGACAGUCCACAUUUCAGGUAGGGGAACGUGUCUAGGUCAAGGCUAGUGAGUUAGGACAGGAAUUCGGAAUCUCUCGCAAAC